AUGGCCAGGCUUGAUGGAAAGGUUGCGAUCGUGAGCGGCGGAUCCCGCGGCAUCGGGGAAUGCACGGCCCGGCUAUUUGCCGCCGAGGGCGCGUCUGUCUUGAUCGGUGAUGUGCUGGAUGCCCUGGGUGACGCAGUUGCCGCCAGCAUCGUUGCCGGAGGCGGGCGGUGCAUCUACCAACAUCUGGAUGUUACGUCGGAGGCAGACUGGUCGGCCGGGGUAGCAAGAGCGUUGGCGCAAUUUGGCGGAUUGAACAUUUUGGUCAACAACGCCGGGAUCGGCAGCAGUCCGCACGGCAUCGCCGACGAGCCGGCCGAGUCCUGGGACAGGACUAUGGAUGUGAACGCCAAGGGGGUGUUUUUGGGUACGCGGGCGGCCAUACCGGCGAUGCUGGAUGCGGGAGGCGGGUCGAUCGUAAACAUCUCUUCGCAACUGGGCAUCGUGGCGGUGCCGUACAGCGGAUCGGCCUACCAGAGUUCCAAGGGAGCGGUGCGUCUUUUCACCAAAUCGGCGGCCAUCCAGUAUGCUGCUGACGGAAUCCGCGUGAAUUCGGUGCAUCCCGGGCCCAUCGUUACCGAGAUGACCAGGGCCGUUCGCGAGGACACGGACCGUUAUCAAAUGACGCUGACCCUGGUGCCGAUGGGACGAUACGGGGAACCGGCGGAGGUUGCUUACGCGAUUUUGUACCUGGCGUCUGACGAAUCUUCAUUUGUAACGGGCAGUGAGGUCGUGGUGGACGGGGGUUGGACGGCGCAGUGA